GCAUUGCCCCCAUUUGCUGAGAUCACAACUGCAUCAGAAGAAAACCACUGAGCAACACUCUUGGUGUUCGGCAAUAAAGCAACACAGUACACAGAGCUGAAAACAGAUACGACAAUUUAAUUAACUAACUUCUUUGUAGCUUGAGAACUCCAAGUGCUGCAAAGAACAUUUUUAUACAUAAAUGACUGUACAGGCAUGGCUUUGCAGUGACUUCCUAUUGUGCUGAGGUACUGGUAAUGGAAACUUUUACUACAUUACGUUCUUCUGAGCAACUUCCCUAGCUGUGGUUUUCUGCUAUUCCCCUGAUAAAAGCAUCAGAGUGGUGAGAGCUUAGCAAAUAUGUAAAACUCUCACAUGAAUUUGAGACUUAUUCUCAAAAGUAAAGCCGUGUAACAUCGGAGACAUCAAAACUGGGUUAUUUUUCAUGUGUUGGCACAGCAGGUGUUAUUCUGCAGUUUAAAUGCAAUGUUUCCUUUGAUUUAGUUCUGAAUUGCUUUGACGGAAUUAGAGAGCGCAAUGGGAAACACUAUGAAAACACCGAGAGCCUCCGCAGAAGGAGGAGAAGAAACAAAUGGGGCAAGCCAGACGGGUCAGGAGAGUGAUUUCCUUGCUGUCCUCUAUGACUAUCCCUCAGCAGACAUAAGCCAACCUAUAUUUCAUGUAGGAGAAAAACUACGUGUGCUAUCAGAUGAAGGAGGCUGGUGGAGAGUCCAUUCACUUACAACAGGACGAGAAAAUUACAUUCCAGGGAAAUAUGUAGCAAAGGUUUAUCACGGCUGGCUAUUUGAAGGGCUGGGGAGAGAGAAAGCAGAGGAACUUCUACAGCUCCCCAACACCAAGGUCGGCUCCUUCAUGAUCAGAGAGAGUGAGACUAGGAAAGGAUUAUAUUCCUUGUCAGUGCGGCACAGGGAGGUGAAACAUUACAGGAUCUUCCGCCUUCCAAAUAACUGGUAUUACAUCUCUCCACGGCAAACCUUUCAGUGCCUCGAAGACCUUGUGAAUCACUACUCAGAAGUUGCUGAUGGUCUCUGCUGUGUCCUUACAACACCCUGCCUUACCCAGUGCACUAACAACCACAGCGUAAUGAAUCAAGUUCCUCCUGUGGUGAUGCGGAAUAAAAACUUCAACUGGAGAAGCAUUCACAGGAUGGAGAUAACUGGAGAUACGGAAGGCACACUGGCAGCAAUAGAUGACUCCUGUCUCAGCUAUGGCCUGAGGGAAAGCAUUGCUUCCUACCUUUCCUUGACAGGGGAUGACAGCUCUUCUUUUGUGAGUGCCAGAAAGAAGAAAGCACAGUCUCUUAUAUACACAGGGAGCAAGCAUAAGAGUACCCUUCACUUGCCACCUACAUAUUAUGAAGACUGACUCUGAGACAGCAAAGGGAAAAAUGGAAGCUGAGUGCUUAGAAAAAAUUGCAGACCAUCCUGUGGUCCUGCAGUACUUCAACAGCUGAGAGACAAUGCACACCAGCUGGUGAUAAAACUCUGACUGUGCUUCUGCAUUUCCUCAUCUGAAGCUUAACCACAGACCUUUGUGAGGGUACUAUCUCAUGCCAUAUUCUGGAAUUGUGCUGUGUGCACCUGAAAUUAGAAACUGCUCACUAACAAGAUAAACUGAGGCACCCUAAGCCAAGAAUUAAGUGAGGCAGAGGAUUCUUCAGUAAGGAUGAUGCCCACCAUUAUACAAAGGUGACUGGAUAUGAAAAGACUAACUGCAGCUUGAGACUGUAAAUUAAAGUCUUAGUCUAGUCUUACUCUCCACAAGGCUGAAAAUCAUGUUUACAGAAUCUGCCUACUCUGAGAGAAAGAGCCUUUUUUACUCUCCGUACAUACUCGUCAUUACCGGUGAGUUGGAAAGCCUCCAAGAAAAUAUCAAGUAAUUGUCAUCCAAGAGACACCUCGUUAUAUUGACUGUACACAUCUGUUAAUUCUACCUUCGGGGAAAAAAAAAAUAACGUCAUUGACUUUCCAAGAGGCUUUUAAUUCACUUGGGUGCAAUGGCCUGUAGUGUCACUGAAAGAUCACAAAACGAAGACCAGGCUUAACUCAAUGAGAAGUUCUUGCUAAGGCCUGAUAUGGAAGAACAGGCAUAUCCAAAAGCAGAACCUAACUACUCUUAAUCCAGUGGAUAUUCAUCAGAGAACCAAGUGGGUGUUUUUUAAAAUGAAAAGUAAAAUAUUGUAAUAUAAUGCCUAACUGCAAAGGUAGGCUGGCAAAGGAGUGACCUUUGAGUAAAGGACAGAACUUGAACCUCAUCUCCUGAAGGCACACCAUAUUUAUGUAUAAUAUUUAUAUUAAUAUCAGCUUUUAAAUAAUUAAACUAAUAGAAAAAAUCAGAAACAGUGGAUGUUGAAAAGUUUUCUGAACGUCUUGUCUGAAGUAUUAUGUAAAAUUGCUUUACAAUUUCAUAAAGCAACUGGGUUGUUUUAAAUAUCACAGACUAGAGAAUUUUUCAAUGUGUAUGUACCCUUGCCAAAUUAAAAUGAAGCCUGAUAGUGACAGAUCAAGGGGGAAUGGAUUUAAAAUAAAAGAUGGUAGAUUUAGUUUAGAUAUUAGGAAAAAAUUCUUUAUUCCGAGGAUGG